CUGAAUACUAGCCUAAAUAUCGACUCUGUCAAAUUAACAUUUUUGUAUUCAGUAAAUUGUAAAUGAAUCUCGUAAAUAAAAACAAGAAACCAAAUUAGUUACCAAAACAAUGGACAAAUUGACGACAAUCAGUGCCACUCUUUUCAUGGCAGCAGACGUUUUCGCUAUAAUUAGCUUGUCUAUGCCAGAUUGGAUCGUUACAGACGUAGGGGGAGAAACCAGACUCGGCCUGAUGUGGACAUGCAUGACACUGCAUAAUAGACCCCAAGUUUGCUUCACACCCGAACUACAACCAGAAUGGCUACUGGCAUUGAUUUGUAUAUUUGUCGGCUGUAUUUGUAUUACGACAACGAUUAUUUUACUGGCGAGCAGUAACUGGGACCGGGAUGUUAUACCCUAUGCAAGAUGGGUAGGAUUCACAGCAAUGGUACUAUUCUGUACGGCGGCCGUAAUAUUCCCACUCGGAUUUCACAUAGACGAGAUCGGCGGCCAGCCCUACCAGUUACCAAAUAGCCAUCAAGUUGGUCUGUCGUACAUCAUGUUUGUAUUAGCUCUGUGGAUAACCGUUGUUUCGGAGCUGUUUGCCGGAAAGGUUUGUCUACCUCAUUUUUAAAUUAAUUUUUGUUUUUGUUUCUGGUUUUUCUUUUGUUGAUCCAAUUGAAUCUCUUUAUCAUUUUAAGAAUUAGGUAUUACGCAUCGAGUUAACUCUAGUUUACAAAUUGUAAAAAUAUUCUUUUUUAUGGAAAUGAAUGUGAAUAAUAAAUCGUGAGAAGUGUAUCAGUCCA